AUGGUGAACGUUCAUCUGCGUUCCAACAUCAAGUCAUCCGCCCAACGUGGGCUCAAGUCCAAACUUGUCGCGGAAUUUCCUCAACUUGAAAACGCCAUAGACAACGUCAUACCGAAGAAGUCCCAAGUGGUGAUGAUCAAAUGUGAAGACAAGAUCCAUUUAUAUGCCAGCGAUAACGAAGUCAUUUUGUUCGAACACUUUGACGACGUUGUUCCGGCCUUACGUACAGUCCAUGCUUAUCCUGAUGGGUUCCCCAGAGUUCAAGUUGAUCGUGGAGCAAUCAAGUUUGUUUUAUCUGGUGCCAAUGUCAUGUGUCCAGGGUUGACAUCUCCUGGAGCCAAGUUGCCUGAAGAGAACAUUGAAAAGGACACUCUUGUGACCAUCUAUGCCGAGGGAAAGGAACACGCUUUGGCCGUAGGGAAAUUGACCAUGAGUACUGAUGACAUUAAGUCGAAGAAUAAGGGGAUUGGCAUUGAAUUGCUUCAUUACUUGGGUGAUGGACUCUGGAACUUUCACGAUUAA